AUGAUUCUUGUUCAGUUGAUAACUCUAAGUUCAGGACAGUUUACAGUGACUGCCUUACAGGAAACUGUUUUGGUUUCUCUGGGAGAGGAAGUUGAGCUCAGUUGCCAGCUUUCCCCAUCACAAAGUGCAGAACACAUGGAGAUACGCUGGUUCCGGAACCGCUACACACAGCCUGUUCACUUAUAUAAGGAUGGCAAAGACAUAUAUGGGGAAACAAUUUCCAAAUACGUGGAGCGAACAGAGCUCAUGAAAAAAGACAUUGGAGAGGGUAAAGUGACCCUCAGGAUUCUUGGUGUCAGAGUUGAUGAUGACGGGCCAUACCAUUGUUUAUUCCAAGAUGGUGAAUUCUAUGAUGAAGCCAUCACAGAAUUGAAGGUCACAGCGACAAGUAUAGAGACACAAAUUCUUGUUCAUCCAUCUACUAUCAAAGGUGUUUUAUUAGAGUGUAAUUCAGAAGGUUGGUUCCCACAGCCUCAUAUGGAAUGGAGAGAAGACAGAGGACAGAUCAUACCACCUACAUCAGAAUCACAUUCACAGGAUACAGACAAAUUGUUCAACAUGAAGAUGACCCUUCUUAUUAGAUCCCAUAGAAAUGUCACUUGCUACCUUCGAAACCCAGUGACUGGUCAAGAAGAGAUCACAAGCAUUAUUCUACAAGAUGCACUGAUUUCAUGGUCUGAUAUUUGGAUAUUCAUGCUGGGUUUAAUUGUGGCUCUUCUGCUGGUCUUCAUAAAGUCAUGCUGUAUAGGAGAUUGCAGAUCAAAAGACAGCACAAUUUUUUACCCUGUAAAUGUAGAGUUUGAGGAGGACCCACCAGAAAGAUAUAAAUUCACAACUUCUUAUACAUCUCUAAUUGCUGUGUUGCGAGAGUAA